UUCGACGCAAAAUUUUGAUUGCUAACCAAAAGAAAACCUUAUCCUCUUUCCCUGCUCUCAUCCAUGGCGUCCGUCCCUGCUUCGCGCAGUGAGGGCAAAAUGUAAGAGACGAGCCGACUGUGUUUCAGUUUCAGUGACAAACCCUAAUGGCCGCCAUUUCCGGAUCUCUCAACCUUCCUCUUGCGCCGUCAAACCUUUCAUCACCCCGCAUUAAGAGAAAUUGUAAAAUCUCGAUCCAUUUGAAAAGCUACGAAAGGAACUGUUUCCCAAAAUUGAUACCAAGCAUUAACCAAAGACGAAUUCACACGAACCAAUCCACGACUUUAAAUGCAACAUUGAGACGUCAGAAGGGAUUCGGACCAGCUCCAAGGAGGAAGAAGAUGAAGAAAACAAAAAGAGAAGGAAGUGAAGACGAGCAUGGGGAUGAAGAUGAAGACGAAGAAGAAGAGGAAGGUGGUGUAAUACCAGAAGUAGUGACGAACAGGAUGAUAAGUAGAAUGGGAUUUUCAGUGGGGAUUCCAUUGUUGAUAGGGCUUUUGUUCUUCCCAUUCUUCUAUUACCUCAAAGUUGUGCUGAAAAUUGAUGUGCCCUCAUGGGUGCCAGUUAUAGUCUCAUUCUUCUUCUUUGGCUCAGCUUUGUUGGGAGUUAGCUAUGGGAUUGUGUCCUCUAGUUGGGAUCCUAUGAGGGAAGGCUCUCUAUUGGGUUGGAACGAAGCUCAGAAGAAUUGGCCUGUCUUUUGGCAGUCCCUUUGGGGUGGAUCUAAUAAGAAAUAGAUGAAUUUGCUUUCUUUUUUAUAAAUAUUAUGGUUUUCAAGUUAUAUGAGUUAUAUGAGAAGCCAAAGCGAGUAUAACUAAUCUCACAUAUUCAUACGGUAAGAGAUUUGUAGUUUGAAUCUUCUCAUCCUUGUACUAAAAAUAGUUUAUGAGAAGUAAGGUUGCUUGUAAACAGAUGAAGAGAUAGGUGUUUUAGAUUUUUUUUA